AUGGUAUGGAGCAAGGAUCCCCGGAUACUGGUGGAGUAUGCCAUCAAAGAGAACGGGGUGACAUCCUGGGAUCUGCUGCUGAGAAAUGCCCAGUAUAACGACGCUGGAAUUUACGAAUGUCAAGUCACGUCAUCGGAGAAGAUCGCCUGGAACGUGGAGUUAAAGGUCAUAGACCCAGUAACGACGAAACCAAAAUCCCGUGUUCAUAAACAGGUGACCCAGACUACACAAAUCACCCAGAAAGUACUCCAUACUGACGACCAGAGACGACAAUGGCGAAACAAGCUAGCGACUACAGAAUACCAAAGAAGAUCACCCCAGAGGGAGGAAUUCUUCACUGCGGGCCAGCCAGUGCGACUGGUGUGCAACACGUCAGUGGUAAACCAGAGCCAAGCCAGCCCUGGUGGCACCGCCAAGAUUGAAUGGUACAAGGAUGGAGAGAGUAUCGAGUCCUACAAAAACAUAUAUGUUUCAUUGCACAGGUAUCAAUUACAAACUGAACAGGUGUACGUCAGCGAGCUUAUCGUUGACAGGUCAAAUCUAGCGGACUCAGGAGACUACCUGUGUCGUUUCAGCAACAGUGACUUAAUCUUAGUCAGGGUAUAUGUGCUUCCAA